AGAUGCACUGCUUGAGGAGCUGCAGAGGCCUCUGAAGGACGAGUACGACUACGAAGAUUCAGUCACUCCGUGAUCUAGCGGAUGCGUGCCCAUGUGUUUCUUCUGUGCGGCUCGGUAAUAGUACAUCCUCCGAGCAAGCGAACUGGUCAAGAAGGACUCAGUUAUUGUGAGCUCAGCACAACUGCAUUAACUCCUCUCGCAGUGCCAAAUUUGAGUACACAAGCGGCGAUAUGCACACGCAUCGCAUCAUUCGUUUCAUUGCCCUCCCCGACUUUACGUCGAUCUCACUUUUCAUAUUUUCUCACUCAUGUUUACUUCUUUUACCGCUCGGCGGUCCAUUGUAUUUUCAUAUCUACCAGGUUACCAUAUUAUCAUACAGCCGGCGUCCGUUGGAUUUUCUCGCGAGGUUUCGAUGUCGCAGCAAGGACUUCACGAGCCAAAAGCACGUCACGGCCUUUAAGCGACCACUUUUGCAUACUAUAUCCGGAAUGAAGGGAACGAGACGAAAAGCGAACGAACUACAUAUUUGGAGGUUGGCGACGCGGAAUCCGUCUAGCAUGCUGCAUGCGUGUACCAUGUCCCGUACCAUGUGUGCAGAAGAUGCUCGAAGGUUGGGUUGACUAAUUCAUCGAGUUCCUUGUUUUCAUCAUAUUCUUCUUCUUCUCUUCUUUUAUCCUCGAGCAUUUUCAUCGGCGGAUGUUAAGGGG